GAUAUACGCUGAGAGCAUUAUCCCAGCGCCCUUUCGUCCAGUCAUUAAAAUUUUUCUAGCUAAAUAGGUUUUACUUUCACAAUGAAAAUAUCAGUCGUUAAAGCAGAUUCGACGUACGCGGUCACUUACGUGCUAGCACCAUGUCUUACGGCGGAGUGAAUAAGGAUAUCUGUAAUUAUGCGAAAGAAAAAAAUGCUAUUAUCGUCGACUUACGAAGUGAUACACUUACAAAGCCAACUAUGGCGAUGAGGAAGGCCAUGUAUGAAGCAGAAGUGGGAGAUGACAUCUACGAGGAAGAUCCUACGGUAGCAGACUUACAAAGAAAAGCCGCGGAGCUACUCGGAAAAGAAGAUGCGCUUUUUGUUAGUUCCGGUACAAUGGGAAAUCUGAUCGCUGUCAUGAAUCAUUGUGAUGUACGCGGUAGCGAGGCCUACUGUGGAGAAGAGUCGCACGUGUUUCUUCACGAGCAAGCUGGCGCGGCGCAGCUGGCCGGGGUGAGUCUUCGCACCUUGCCCAAUAACGAAAACGGCACAUUCGACCUUGAGAGCCUCGAGAGCGCGAUCCGCACGGAUCGAAUGCACGAGCCAAUCUCGAAGUUGAUCAUUGUCGAGAACACGCUCAACGGGAAGGUCAUUCCUCAGUCGUGGAUCGAAGAUUUGGCAGCGGUGGCGAAGAGGCAUGAUCUAAAGAUGCAUUUGGACGGGGCGCGAUUGUGGAACGCUUCCGUUGCGUCAAAGGUACCAGUGAAAGAUCUGGUCGCCCCGUUCGACUCGGUCACCUUCUGCCUGAGUAAGGGAUUGGGCGCUCCUGUGGGAUCCGUGCUCUGCGGAAGUAAAAGCUUCAUCGUUAACGCGAGGCGGAGACGCAAGGUAUUGGGCGGUGCGAUGCGACAAGUUGGCGUGAUCGCUGCCGCCGGGCUUGUCGCCCUGGAAGAAUCGGUGCCGCGAUUGAUAGAGGACCACGGAAGGGCGAUGACAAUUGCGCGGGCGAUCAAUCAGUUGGAUUCCAAGAUAGUCAGCGUGGACACGAGGACUGUGCAGACCAACAUCAUUUUCGUAACCGUGAACUCGAAGAAAAAGCAAGCAAAAGGGAGCAAGGGUGACGUUUCCGCUGUGACUUUCAUCGAGAGGCUCCGGCAGGUCAACGAUUCUGCCGAAGACGACAAAAUCAUAAUCAGAUGCUUGGCUUUAACGGACACAUUAGUGAGGAUGGUUCUCCACUAUGAUAUUAACGAUUCAAUGGUGGAUGCUGCUAUACGUAAAUUGAGACACGUUAUCAAGCAAUUGGGCAGCAAUUAAACAGCCUGAAUUUUUUCGCAAAGUUCAAAUAAUUCAUUGUAUAUGCACGCUUUCUUUAAAAUGCCCAUUGUUUGAGAAAUAUAACAGUUUAAAGUAUGAAAUAGAUAUUGAGCACUUAAAUCCUGUUACAUACAUUCUUUUAUAAAACUAUCCACCGCUGUGCUAAUAUUAUGCAGAAAAGAAUCUAUUAAUCUUAUUAUGAAAUAGUUGGAUAACAAAGUAAACGAUAACAAAUACG